AGGGAAAUCGGGAAGUGGCCUUAAUACCACAGUCGCUACUUAGCGGACCGGAGGGCGGAGUCGGCUUCGCACUGAGGACCGCGUAGCUUCGAGCCGAGACCUGCCAGGCCUGCGCGUCCUGUUCUGAAUUCUUACCCUUAUUUAGCCCUUGUCACCACCCCCGCCAUGGGAACAGCCUGGCGGUCACUCAAAGGAAGUGGCUGCUGGCAGCUCUUGACCCGGAAUCGGAUCCUAGUCCCACCCACUCCGCUCCAGGCUUCCUUCUGCAACAGGCGUGGGUCACGCUCUCGCUCGCUCUCUUUCUGCCGCCAUCUUGAUUCCGCGCUCCCUGCACGAAAUGCCCGGUGAAGCCACAGAAACCGUCCCUGCUACAGAGCAGGAGUUGCCGCAGCCCCAGGCUGAGACAGCUGUGCUACCUAUGUCUUCAGCCUUGAGUGUCACUGCUGCCUUAGGGCAGCCUGGACCUACCCUUCCCCCUCCUUGCUCUCCUACCCCGCAGCAGUGCCCUCUGUCACCUGCUAACCAGGCUGCUCCAUUCCCUUCCCCCUCUACUAUUGCCUCAACCCCAUUUGAACUUCCUUUUCCCCAGUCAUCCUCUGGAACAACCCUACCUUUGGGAACUUCCCCUGAAGCCCCAACCUUCCUACCAAACCUAAUAGGGCCUCCCAUCUCCCCAGCUGCCUUAGCUCUGGCCUCUCCCAUGAUAGCUCCAAAUCUGAAAGGGGCCCCUUCCUCUUCAGCUCCCUUAGCUCUGGUUGCCCUGGCUCCCCACUCAAUUCAGAAGAGUUCUGCUUUUCCGCCUAACCUCCUUACUUCACCACCUUCAGUGACUGUAGCUGAGUCAGGGUCAGUGAUGCCUCUGUCAGCUCCCAUUGCUCCCCCAGAACCAAAGACUAAUCUUAUUAAAGUUCCCUCUCAGGUAGUCCCUAAUUUGAAAGGUAACCCCAAUCCUCCAGGUAUAGUCAGUGCUGUUCCUUACCACUGUGUGACUCCCUUGGCCUCUGUUCAGUCUGGAGUGGCCUCCUGUCCUCAGAUAACACCCACCACUACCGUAGCCAUCACUUCCUCUCAGAUCAAAGAUACCACCAUUUCCUCAGAUCUGACUUCUCCACAAAACCCAGGAAGCCUCAGCCUGAAGGGGCCUGUUAGUCCACCUGCUGCCUUACCUCUUGCAACUCAGUCACUUCUUUUCAUGACCUCUUCUCAAAAGACUGCGGGUCCCAACACCACCCCAGAUUUUUCCAUUUCUCUGGGCUCUCAUCUUGCACCUUUACAUCAGAGUUCUUUUGGUUCUGUCCAACCUUUAGAUCAGACAGGUUCUGGUGCUUUGUUAGACCCUACAGUGAAGACCAUUUCUACAGAUCAUUCUUCCACAGGGGCCUCUUAUCCUCCGCAGAGAUCUGUAAUUCCUCCCCUUCCUUCCAGGAAUGAGGUAGUUCCUGCUACUGUGGCUGCCUUUCCAGUGGUGGCUCCAUCUGUUGACAAAGGUCCCUCUACCAUCACUAGCAUAACCUGCAGCCCUUCUGGCACCUUAAAAGUAGCUACCUCUUCUUCAUUAUCUCCUACAGCCUCUCUCAUUCUCAGAAGCUCUCCUAAUGCCACUCAUCAUCCUUCAGUGGCCCAGAUUCCCAUUUCUUCUGUUGGAACCACCCCACUUGUGACUAACCCCUGUACUAUUGCUGCAGCACCUACUACCUUUGAGGUAGCUACUUGUCUUUCUCCUCCAAUUUCCUCAGGUCCCAUAAGCAACGUAGAACCAAAUUCCCCUGCUGCAUUGGUUAUGGCACCUGUGGCUCCCAAAGAGCCUUCUGUUCAAGUCACAACCACUCUGGGGAUACCAGUCUCUCCUCCUCUGCCAGACCCUAAAGACCUCAAAAAUCUCCCCAGUUCAGUAUUGAUUAAAUUUCCAACACAAAAAAAUCUCCAAACUGUACCUGCCUCUCCUGAAGGAGCCCCUUUCUCUCCAGCCCAGGCAGAACUCAUCACCAAGAAAGACUCUACUGUAUUAACAUUAGCCCAGGCAGCCCAAAAAAAAUCUGCUUUUUUCCAAAGUACAUCCUCUUCUCCGGAGACAUCUCUUUCUCCUGAAGCCACCCUAGCAAAGAAAAGCCUUGGAGGGCCUCUCCCUCUAGGUAGACCAGCCAGCUCUACAACCUCUCCCCUGGGUGUUAACUCCCCGGCCUCUGUAAUCAAGACAGAUUCUUAUGCAGGCCCAGACUCUGCUGGUCUGCUUCUCAAAAGCUCUCUCACUAGCCCAACAGUGGCUGCAUUUCCUUUGGAAAGUGCCAACCCUGCUGGGGUGGCUCCCACAAUUGCCAAAGGUACCUCAACUUAUACAACUACAGCCAGCCCUUUUCUAGAAGGAACUGUCUCUUUAGCUCCUAAAAACCACCCAGCUAAGGAAGGUACUUCCACUGUUAUUACUUUACCCUUGGUUCCUACAGCCUCAGAAAAUUGUCCUGUGUCUCUAUCCCCCCAGAAUACCUCUGCUUCUCUGACUACCGUAGUGCUGGCCCCUGAAAUUCCCAAGUCUGUGCCCUCACCCUCUCUUUCCCCAGCUGGGACUCCUUCGGGUACAAAAAAGGCUGAUGGUAUUUCUCAUACUUCAGCACUGGCACCUGUUGCUUCCUCUCCCAAAGGGUGUCCAACUGAAGACUCUGGUACUUCUGCUACUGCAUCUUCCAAAGGAACUCUGACUUACCUAGCCGACUCCCCAUCUCCUUCAGGGGUUAGUGUGUCUCCUCAGACUAAAAGACCUCCAACCAAGAAGGGUUCUGCUGGCCCUGAUACUCCUGUUGGAAAUCUCUCAUCCCCUGUUUCUCCAGUUGAAGCGUUACUUCUUCCAGAGAACAGUCUUUCUUUUCAAGGCUCUAAAGACUCACCAAAUGCAAAGCAUUGUCCCACUCCUCCAUCCCCCAGAGGGGCCCCUACUCCCUUGGCUGUGACUCCUCUGUCUCCCAAAGGAGUAACACAAUCCCCCAAAGAGACCCCCACUCCUUCAGCUGUGAAUCCACCCUCCCCCAGAGAGGGCCCAACUACCCCAGCCCCCAAACAGGCCUCCACUCUAUCUAUGACUUCCUCCUCCAAAAAGGCCCCAGCAACUCCAGCCCCUAAAGGAGGCCCCACUACCCCAUCCCCCAAAGAGACCCCCAUGCCCCCAGCUGCAACCUCGCCUUCCCCCAAAGGAGACCCAGCUACUCCAUCCCCCAGAGAGGCCCCCACUCCCCCAGCUACAACUCCUCCCUCCCCCAAAGGAGGCUCAGCCACACCAUCCCCCAAAGGGGCCUCUACCCCCGCAGCCAUGACUUCAACCUCUCCAAAAAGAGGUCCUGCUACCCCACCCCCCAAAGGGGUCCCCACUCCCCCAGCUGCAACUCCUCCAUCCCCCAGAAUGACCCCCAUUCCCGCAGCUAUGACUCCUCCCUCCCCCAAAGGAGGCACAGCUAGGCCAUCCCCCAAAGGAGCCCCCACCCCCUCAGCUGCGACUUCAUCCUCUCCAAAAGGAGGUCCUGCUACCCCACCCCCCAAAGGGGCCCCAGCCACAACUCCUCCCUCCUCAAAAGGAAGUCCAGAUACCCCACCUCCCAAAGGGGCCCUCACUCCCCCAACUGCAACUCCUUCCCCAAAAGGAGGCCUAGCUAUGCCACCCCCCAAAGGGGUCCCCACUCCCCCAGCUGCAACUCCGACUUCUCCAAAAGGAGGUCCAGCUACUCUACCUCCCAAAGGGGUCCCCACUCCCCCAGCUAUAACUCCUCCUUCCCCAAAAGGAGAUCCAGAUACCCCACCUCCCAAAAAGGCUCCCACUCCCCCAGCUACAAUUCCUCCCUCCCCAAAAGGAGGCUCAGAUGGCCCACCCCCUAAAGGAGCCCCCACUCCCUUAGCUGUGACUCCUCCCUCCCCAAAAGGAAGCCCAGCUACCCCAUCCGCCAAAGGAGGCCCAGCUACUCCAUCCCUCAAAGGGGCCCCCACUCUCCCAGCUGCAAGUCCCUCACCUAAAGGAGGCCCAACUACCCCAUCCUCCAAAGAGGGCCCCACUCCCCUGGCUGCAACUCCAUCCCCCAAAAGAGACCCAGCUUCCCCAUCUGCCAAAGGGGACUCUGCUUCCCCAUCAAUGAUUCCUCUCUCUCCCAAAAAGGCUCCAGCAAUACCAGUUGCCAGAGAAGGCCCAGCUACCCCAUCCAAAGGAGAUUCCACUCCCCCAGCAGUGACUCCUGUCUCCCCCAAAAAGGCCCCAGCAACUUCAGCCCCCAAAGGAGGCUUAGCUAUCCCAUCCCGCAAAGGAAGCCCAGCUACUCCACACCCAAAAGGGGUACCCACUCUCCCAGCUACAACUCCCUCCUCUAAAGGAGGCCCAACUACCCCAUCCUCCAAAGAGGACCCCACUCCCCCAGCUUCAACUCUCUCCCCCAAAAAGGCUCCAGCUACCCAUUCCAAAGGAGAUUCCACUCCCCCGGCAGUGACUCCUGUCUCCCCCAAAAAAGCCCCAGCAACUUCAGCCCCCAAAGGAGGCCCAGCUACAAUUCCUUCCCCUAAAGGAGUCCCAACUACCCUAUCCUCCAAAGGAGAUCCCACUUUGUCAGCAGUGACUCCUCUUUCCCCCAAGGAGCCUCCAGCCCCCAAACAUCCCCCCACUUCCUCUCCCAAAAAGGCCCCAGCAACUCCAGCCCCCAAAGGGGCCCCCACUCUGCCAACUAUGAUUUCUUCUUCCCCCAAAGAGGUCCCCACUACCCCAUCCUCCAGAAGGGACCCCACUCCCCCAACAGGGACUCCUCUCUCUAAAAAGACCCCAGCAACUACAGCUCCCAAAGAGGCCCUCAUUCCUCCAGCUAUGACUUUUCCUUCCUCCCAAAAGACCCCAGCAAUUUCAGCCCCCAAAGAAGCCCCAGCUACUGCAUCCUCCAAAGAGACCUCCAAUCCGCCAGCAGUGACUCCUCCCUCUUACAAAGAGGUCCUCAUUCCCCCAACUAUGACUUCUCCUUUUCCCAAAGAGGCCCCUACUACUCUGGCUGUGAUUCCUCCAUCCCCCAAAAAAGGCCCAGCAACUCCAGCCCCCAAAGAGACUCCCACUUUGCUACCUGUGACUCCUUCCUCCCUCAAAGACACUCCUACCUCCCCAGUUUCUGUCACAUGUAAAAUGGGGGCCACUGUUCCUCAAGCAUCUAAAGGGCUUCCAGCAAAGAAAGGCCCCACAGCUCUGAAAGAAAUAUUUGUUGCCCCAACUUCAGAAAGUACGCCAGUCAUCACAGCUCCCACUGGGAAAGGUCCACAGACUAAGAAGAGUUCUGCUAUUUCAUCUCCUAUGUGCCCAGAUCCCUCAGCUAACAAUGGUACCAAAGGACCUCCUUCCACAGUGGCUCCAGCCCCUCUACUCCCUGCCCAGAAAGGCUCUUCAAAGACAGCAAAAGGCAAAGAUGCUUCUCAUUUCCCAAAGGGCCCCUUGGCUUCUCCUGAGUCUCAGGCAUCCAUCCCUCUAACAACAGCUGCCUCUGAGAAAGUCCUUCCUAAACCUGAAUCAGUAUCUGUCUCUCUAGCACCCACCCCACCAGUCUCUCUGCCUCUUGCUCCCUCCCCAGUUCCCCCUCUGCUUCCUACACAGCAAUUUCUGCCGUCCUCUUCUGGGCUGGUGUUGGAAUCACCCUCUAAACCCCUAGCCCCUGCUGAUGAGGAUGAGCUGCCGCCUCUGAUUCCCCCGGAACCAAUCUCUGGGGGAAUGCCUUUCCAGUCGGUCCUCGUCAACAUGCCCACCCCUAAAUCUGCUGGAAUCCCUGUCCCAACCCCCUCUGCCAAGCAGCCCGUUCUGAAGAACAACAAGGGAUCUGGAACAGAAUCUGAUAGUGAUGAAUCAGUACCAGAGCUUGAAGAACAGGACUCCACCCAGGCAACCACACAACAAGCCCAGCUGGCAGCAGCAGCUGAGAUAGAUGAAGAACCUGUCAGUAAAGCAAAACAAAGUCGAAGUGAAAAGAAGGCACGGAAGGCUAUGUCCAAACUGGGUCUUCGACAGGUUACAGGAGUUACUAGAGUCACUAUCCGGAAAUCUAAGAAUAUCCUCUUUGUCAUCACAAAACCAGAUGUCUACAAGAGCCCUGCUUCGGAUACCUACAUAGUAUUUGGGGAAGCCAAGAUCGAGGAUUUAUCUCAGCAAGCACAACUGGCAGCUGCUGAGAAAUUCAAAGUUCAAGGUGAAGCUGUCUCAAACAUUCAAGAAAACACACAGACUCCAACUGUACAAGAGGAGAGUGAAGAGGAAGAGGUCGAUGAAACAGGUGUAGAAGUUAAAGACAUAGAAUUGGUCAUGUCACAAGCAAAUGUGUCCAGAGCAAAGGCAGUCCGAGCCCUGAAGAACAACAGUAAUGAUAUUGUAAAUGCUAUUAUGGAAUUAACAAUGUAACCAUCUGAAAGCAACUUUUUUGGUGUCUCAAAGGAGUAACUGCAGCUUGGUUUGAAAUUUGUACUGUUUCUAUCAUAAAUAAAGUUAUGGCUUCUUGUUGGAUGAACUCA